GCAGCAGCAACUGUAGGCUGCGGCUGCGGCUGUGGCAGGCUUGGCUCCGGGCCAGCUGGCAGGGAGCCUCAGGAGGGAGGAGGGAGGAGGAAGAGGGGAAGGAGGAGGAGAGGAGCAGUGAGCAGGCCCGAGAAGGCAGGACUUCCUGGUGUGGGGGUUGUCAACAGCCCAGAAAGAGAGAGGCCGAGUCCGAGACAGAGACGAGCGGAGCUGAGGAGCCCAGAGUUACAUCCAGUGGGGCCACGUGGGAGGAGUCUUGAGAGAGCCACUCGAGGGACCUGGAGCCAGCGGGGGGCUGAGCCGCCCCCUCCCACAGCGACCGGGAAGACCCGCCGAGUGUUAACCCGGGCGGCGCCUGAGCUCCACCGCCGACGCGCCGGUUUCUUCUCGCCUCAGCUGCAAACUUUCCACGGAGAUGCCUCGCAGAGUGAGAUGCGGACGCCCGAGAGCACUGGGUAGCCCUUGAUUGCCGUCUGCCGUGGCCUGCAUUGCCCAGGGGCCCAAGAGGCCCUAGGGAAAAAAGGACGUCUUUAGUCCCCGGGUCCUCUCCAGCCCAGCUCGGUGGCCGAGCGAGGCCCGAGAGUUUGCAAGCUCAGCUCUGCGCUCUCGGCAGCGACAGCAGCAGGAAAAACCUGCCUCUGCUCCCCCCCCUCGCCACCUCCCCUACCCUGUACUCCAGUCACUAACCAGGCACCCCCAGUUCCCACAAGGCCCUCCUGCCAUGUCGGACCCAGACGUCCCCAGGGGCCCCGAUGUCCCUGCCAUGUGGCCCCCUUGUUCCAGAGGUGCCUGAGCCCCUCUUCAGGAGCCCAGCCCCUCCCCCACCCGAGCCUAGUCCGGAGCCCCAGGGACCAUGAGUGGUGGUAAGAAGAAAAGUAGUUUUCAGAUCACCAGCGUCACCACAGACUAUGAGGGCCCAGGAAGCCCAGGGGCUUCGGAUUCUCCUGCCCCACCGGCUCCCGCUGGACCCCCGCCCCGCCUCCCCAAUGGGGAACCCAACCCUGAUUCAGGGGGCAGGGGCACUCCCCGGAAUGGCUCCCCGCCACCUGGAGCCCCUGCCUCCCGUUUCCGGGUGGUGAAGCUGCCCCAAGGCUUGGGAGAGCCUUAUCGUCGAGGUCGGUGGACGUGUGUGGAUGUUUACGAGAGAGACCUGGAGCCCCCAAGCUUCGGCCGGCUUCUGGAGGGAAUUCGAGGGGCCUCAGGAGGCACCGGGGGCAGAUCAUUGGAUUCUAGGUUGGAGCUGGCUAGCUUGGGCAUAAGCACCCCUAUCCCACAGCCAGGCCUGUCUCAGGGCCCCACCUCUUGGCUCCGCCCGCCCCCCACUUCUCCUGGACCACAGGCCCGCUCCUUCACAGGGGGGCUGGGCCAGCUGGCAGGGCCUGGCAAGGCCAAGGCGGAGACACCCCCACUGUCAGCCUCUCCACCCCAGCAACGUCCCCUGGGGCCUGGGACUGGAGAUAGUGCCCAGCCUCUGCCCUCUCUGAGGGUAGACUUGGAAUCUGGGAGUUCAGCGGCUGGCACCCCUCCACUGUCACGGAGAAGAGAUGGAGCAGUUCGGCUGAGGAUGGAGCUAGUUGGUCCAGAGGAGACGGGGAAGGUGGCUUCGAUCGACUCUCGCCCCAACUCCCCAGCCCUCUACUUCGAUGCCAGCCUGGUCCACAAGUCUCCAGACCCCUUUGGAGCCGCAGCAGCCCAGAGUCUCAGCCUGGCUCGUUCCAUGUUGGCCAUCAGUGGUCACCUGGACAGUGAUGAUGAUAGUGGUUCCGGAAGCCUGGUUGGCAUUGACAACAAGAUUGAACAAGCCAUGGUCCUGUUCUGGAAAUGUAAAGCCAAGCCAAGCAUGUCCGAGCAGCCCAAGAAACAUCCAUUGAAGGAAGUGGAGACUUCCAUGGACUUUGACACUAUAAAGAUGGCCAAGCCACACAAAGAGUCCAAGGUCUCUGACCUGGAUGUGUGCCCACGGGUGCUCGAAUCCAGUAUGUUGGCCACUGUCAAGGAAAGGCCCGCUGUGCACCGUGAGAGUCAUGAGACUCGCUCCCUGAUGCGGAUGUCCCAGACCGUAGUCCACUCAGUUUCCACGUUGAUGUUCUCAGCUCUGCAGUCUGGCUGGCGAUUGUGUAGGUGGAAGUCUUCUAUGAGUUCUGCCUCAGUUUCCUCUCGAAUGAGGACCGGGUCGGCCUUGGAGACGCCAGAGGCUGAGAUGCUGCGGGAAGUGUACCUGGUACUCUGGGUCAUUCGCAAACAGUUAAGAGAGCUGGCCCGCAGGCAGGAGAGGCGCAGACGGCGCCGCAUGCGGUCCCAUGCGUCCCACACAUCCCACCACUCUGACCCAGUGCAGGGCCUCAAACAGGAUGCCCGAAGUCCCCUUUAGGCAGGGGAGCCCCAGAUCCUUAGAAAGCCCCGCUCACUCUUAAGAAAGGUUGGCAGGAAGGGUUCAAGGGCCACUGGGCCAGAGUUGCU